UGAAAACUUAAUUUUUUAAGACUGAGUGGUGAUUUUUUUUCAUACUUGCUUUCUGUUUUUUGUGAAUAUUUUUAAUAAUAGCUAUGUUAUUUCCUUUUAGUUUAUUUAUAUUUUAAAUAAUUGAACUGCAUUGUUAAGUAUAUAGAAGAAAUAUUUACACGAUUAAUACGAACAAAUGUUGCGUUUAAAAUCGUACGAUUUGGAUACCAAUUUCAGUACGAAAUAUCUGAAUAAGACAUCUUAUCAAGAUGUUCAGUAUUCGGAUAGGAACAUUAUUCCACGUGUUGAAAUGUUUUUGAAACAAUAUUUAGAAGCAUCCAAACAAAUUAAAUACUUGGAUAAGGAAAUAAUUGUUAACAGUUUACGUUCUCAAUAUCCUGAGUAUAAUAGAAAACCGUGGGGAGUUGUUAGUAAUUUGAUUGCUAGAGCUCUUGUAGUUAUCGAGAGUAAAAAGAUUGUCAAUGUGAAGAAUGUUGAUCCCAUGUCAUCUGAAGACUCCACCAUUGACAUAAUGUCGUCAGGAGAAGAGCAAAUCGAUAUAACUAACGAUUUGGAUCCUCCAGAAUGUUCAAAUUAUAUUACCGAAGUAAAUGUUUCUGGAUCAGAAGAAGCACAAGAAAUUGGAACAGAUUUAGAUAUAAUUGAUGUAACUACAGUGACUUCAACUGAAAUAAAGCAAACACUGAACAAUACUAUACCAGAAGAAACCGAAAAAUAUCAAUUUAGAAGGCAGCCUUUCUUUAGUCCGAUAGUAAUGAAAAGAAAAGUCCAAAAUGUAGACAAUACAAUAGACACAAUGCCGACUCCAAUGAAAAAAGUUUGCCAACAAAUCGGAUCGGCUGAAGAAGUUAAAGUAACAUUUGAUGAUCUUGCUGGUUGCGAUUCAGUGUUAUUGGAAAUUUGUCAACUUAUUAUGCACAUUAAGCAUCCAGAAAUAUACAAAACUUUAGGGGUGUCGCCACCAAAAGGUUUUUUAUUACAUGGACCUCCUGGAUGCGGUAAAACACUUUUAGCGCAAGCUGUUGCGGGAGAAUUAAAAGUGCCCUUAAUAAGUAUAGCAGCUCCACAAUUGGUAGUUGGUAUAAGUGGCGAAUCGGAAAAACGAGUCAGGAAAUUAUUUGAAACUGCUGUGAAAUCCGCACCAUGUGUAUUGUUCAUAGAUGAAGUAGACUCAAUUUCACCAAAUCGACAGAACACUUCUAGAGAUAUGGAACGCAGAAUUGUUGCUCAGUUAUUAUCGUCUCUAGAUAAUUUGAAGGAUGACGACAAAGUUAUUGUGAUUGGGGCUACAAGUCGUCCUGAUAGUUUAGAUCCUGCUCUUAGGCGAGCUGGACGUUUUGAUCGUGAAGUCUGUCUUGGGAUACCCGAUAGACAAUGUCGUAGAGCAAUGUUAGACCUUAUGUGCAAAGACUUACGCAUAGCUUCUUCGGUUACAACAGAAAAAUUAAGUGAAUUAACACCAGGUUUUGUUGGUGCUGACCUAAAAUCGCUUACUAGAGAAGCGGCUACUGUUGCAGCAAAUCGAACUAUUGAAGAAAUAAAACAAAAAUUAAAUCUUGCAUCUAAUAAUGGGGAAGCCGAUGAAACUGAAAUAAUGCCAAAGAAUAAAGUUCUCGACACUUUAAAUUUAUUACGUUCCACUCAUAUUAUUCCAAUCGAAGAAUUGGGUUCAGUAGAAAUUAAUUUACAAGAUUUUAAAGAGGCCUUGAAAAAAGUUGUUCCAUCUUCAAAAAGAGAAGGAUUUGUCACUGUGCCUAAUAUUACAUGGGACGACAUUGGUUCUUUAAAAAAAAUACGACAAGAACUACACAUGGCAAUGCUUGCCCCUGUAACGCACGCUAAAGAAUUUACAGCACUUGGACUGGAUGUUCCUACCGGCAUAUUGUUAUGUGGUCCGCCUGGAUGUGGUAAAACAUUGUUGGCCAAAGCUGUAGCUAAUGAAGCCGGCAUUAACUUUAUAUCUAUCAAAGGACCUGAAUUACUCAAUAUGUAUAUAGGAGAAAGUGAACGAGGAGUUCGACAGUGUUUCCAAAGAGCUCGCAAUUCGCAACCCUGUGUCAUAUUUUUUGACGAAAUUGAUGCUCUGUGCCCAAAAAGAAGUGAUACGGAUGCAUCUGGUCGUUCAGGUCAACGAGUUGUCAAUCAGUUACUGACAGAAAUGGAUGGUUUUGAAGGCGGUCGUAGUGGUGGAGUAUUUGUUAUGGGUGCAACAAAUCGCCCUGAUAUGAUUGAUCCCGCUGUACUUCGCCCUGGUCGCUUAGACAAAGUUCUUUAUGUUGGUUUACCAGACGACGAAGGACGUGUAGACAUAUUAAGAGCAUUGACUAAAAACGGAAAGAAACCAGUUUUGGCAGAAGACGUAGAUUUGGAUGCAAUUGGAAAAAAUGGAAAUUGUAUUAAUUUUACGGGAGCUGACUUAGCCGCUCUAGUACGCGAGGCAGGCAUUUUAUGUCUUCAGGAGUAUAUUAACUCUGUUGAUGAAAAUAAAAAACUAGCAAUUCAAACUAAACACUUUGAUGAAGCAUUGUUAAAAAUCAGACCAUCAGUAGCAUUGGAGGAUCGUGCUCGUUAUGAGUUGUUGAAAAUGAAAUACGCAUCCCCGAGAGGUUGAAGACACUAGAUUUAAAAUAUGUGUAAUCAGCAAACACAUACUUGGUAUAUCUCUACAAGACUACUAUAAAUGUAUUAUAUUUGUAAAUAUAGUAAAUAAUAAGAUGUAUAUAUUGUAAAUAUGUAUACCUAUAAUAUAGUAUACUAUAUACAGUAUAUUAUAUUAUAAUGUAACUUUAUUGUAUUUACUCAUUGUAACAUAAUGAUUAUUCGCAAGUAAUUGAUAAAAAAUACACAAACUGACUUUUCAAUUUUGCUUAUUGUAAUGAGUAUGUGAUGACCGACCAAUAAACUAAAUUUUUUUUCAUAUAUAAUAAUUGGACACCUUUUAUAGCAAUUGAUUUGAGUACAAC